AUGUCUUCUCAAGUCACCAAUCUCGUCAUCGUCCUGGGUAUGAUGCAGGUCUCCAAGCGAGUUCCGUUUGACGACCCCGACGUGCUGCUCGGCGUCCGGGUUUUGUACGUUGUGUCCAACUUGGUCAUUCUCGGCAUCUACCUCUACGUCCAGUCGGUGAUCAACAAGAAGAAGGACCUGACUACGCUCAAAUACGUAGAGCCCUCCCAACUAGGCUCUGGCGAGGAACCACGCCCCGUGACGACAACCGUCAUGGAGUAUGACAAGCAGCAACUGCGCAACAGCUUCCGCUCGCAGCUCAUGGGAGUCGGUAUGAUGGGCGUCAUGCACCUGUACUUCAAGUACACCAACCCUCUCUUGGUCCAGUCCAUCCUCCCCGUCAAGAGCGCGCUGGAAUCCAACCUGGUCAAGAUUCACUUGUUUGGCAAGCCCGCCACGGGCAACCUGCAGCGGCCCUUCAAGGCUGCUGCCGGUUUCAUGGGCAUGGGUCAGGGCGAGGUCAAGAGCGACAAGGCGUCCGUUGAGAGCGCGGAGAAGAAGUGGCGGGGCGGUGUCAAGGAGGAAUAA